CGCGCAGGCGCAGUAGCCGCUGGAGCCGCCGGAGCCCGGCGGAGCGGAAGCGCUGAACGGCGAAUCCGACAUGGCCGUCGCGGCGGUGCACCUGGACUCGGACGCGUUCCUGGUGUGCCUCAAUCAUGCCCUGAGCACGGAGAAGGAGGAGGUGAUGGGGCUGUGCAUCGGCGAGGUGGACGCCAGCAAGAUCGUGCACAUCCACUCGGUGAUCAUCCUGCGGCGGUCGGACAAGCGCAAGGACCGCGUGGAGAUCUCCCCCGAGCAGCUGUCGGCCGCGUCCACGGAGGCCGAGCGGCUGGCCGAGCUGACGGGCCGGCCGGUGCGCGUGGUGGGCUGGUACCACUCGCACCCGCACAUCACCGUGUGGCCGUCGCACGUGGACGUGCGCACGCAGGCCAUGUACCAGAUGAUGGACCAGGGCUUCGUGGGCCUCAUCUUCUCGUGCUUCAUCGAGGACAAGAACACCAAGACGGGCCGCCUGCUGUACACGUGCUUCCAGUCGGUGCAGGCCCAGAAGAGCGCCGACUACGAGCGCAUCGAGGUCCCCAUCCACGUGGUGCCGCACGACACCAUCGGCAAGGUGUGCCUCGAGUCGGCCAUCGAGCUGCCCAAGAUCCUAUGCCAGGAGGAGCAGGACGCGUACCGGCGCAUCCACAGCCUGCCACACCUGGACUCGGUGACCAUGAUCCACAACGGCUCCGUCUUUACCAAGAACCUCUGCAGCCAGAUGUCGGCCAUCAGCGGGCCGUUGCUGCAGUGGCUGGAGGACCGGCUGGAGCAGAACCAGCAGCGGGUGCGGGAGCUGCAGCGGGAGAAGGAGCAGCUGCUGCAGGAGCUGGCCGCCCUGGACUGAGCCCCAGCCACCGCCCCGCCCCCAGCGGGGAGCAGGCAGGCGGGCGGGCCUGGGGGCAUUCCUGGUGCCAACGGAAGGGCCGCGGGACGGAGGGGACACACCCUGUGAGCAGGCGGCGGAAGAGCCCGAUUUUUAUAUAAAGUAUUUUGGUAAAAAUUCCAGCAGAAUUGUCUGUGCAUUUAAUCCUCCCCACGGAAAGAAAGAUGUAUGCGUGGGGGGAAGGGGAAGAGCCGCCUCUGAGCCAUUAACUGCACCAGGUGCUGAGCGUACAGUCAGGAGCUUGCCUAGGGGAGGCAGCGUAUACCUGUAUAUGGGUAUGUGCAAAUAGAAAGGCCUGUGAGGGGCACAAUGCCCAGGACACUGGACUUGAGUUCAUAUUCUCCAGACGUUACCUGUGUGAGCCCGGGACAAGCCACCUUAUCUUUAUAAUAGCACCUGCCACACAGGGUUGUUGUAAGGAUCAAAUGAGAAAGAUAUAUAAAGCAUUGUGCAAAUGUUAGAUACUAUAUAGAUGCUAGCUAUUAGAUACAAGGUAGUGGGGUGGGGGUGGACUCUAGGAGAUGAAAUAGGAAAAACGUCACUAAAAGGUGAUUUUUAUUGCCGAGAUGUAAUUAGUCGCAGCAGAGUACAUUUAUAAGUAUUAACCAGUAUGCACACAUGUACUGGUGUGUAGGUACUAUAAACACAUAAAUACAUGCAAACAUACAGAAAAGACAACCGGUAUGUUUUAUAGGUGUGUGUAUGUAUAUAUAGAGAUAUAUACACACACAUUGAUAUAUACAUAUACCAGUAUGAAUGUAUGGGUGUGCACAUACAAAUACACAAAAACAUAUAUAUGAAAACCUACAUAGAGAUGGCUUUUAUUGCCCAGAUGCAAAGUACAUUCAUUAGUAAUAAUUUAUUUACAUAUACAUAUAUUAUUUGCCUACUCAUCCAUGUACGUAUGUAUUGUAUACAUGCACAUGAACAUGUACAUACAUAUUUGUGUGUAUACACAUAUAUGUGCACUUGAAUGCUUGUCUUGAAUAAAUGGUUCAUGGCCCCAGAAUUAAGUAGGAGGAGAGUAGGCUAGAUGUCUUUGAAAAAAAUCAUAGAUCUUCUUUGAUAAUGCUGAACUUUUUCCAGAAACACGGGUUCAUAUUUUAAAUUACAUUUUACCAAUGUUGUAUAGUGGCUAGUUAUAUAAUACUCUAGUCGGCAAAGAAUUAAAAAUGAGUAUUACUAAGAGGGUGGGGAAGAGAAGCAUUGUGAAGUAAAGAAUGUCAUCAGGGGAAAUUUUUUUUUUAAGAUGGGCUUACUAAAUGCUUGUUUAUUGCCUAGUUACAAAGUGAAAGCAAGGGAUAACUAAUGGAUAGCUUGUGUUCUCCAGUGGUAUACCCAAGAUGUGAGGAGAAAUCAAGGAAUCUUCCACAUAAAUCAAGUGAAUCCUUGGGUGGACUGAUGGGAAUAUAUGGACAAGAUUCAUAGAGAGUAGGCAGGUACAGAUAAAUUGUAAUCCACGUUAUUGAAGGAAACAUUCACAUUGAUGAAAUGGCAGAUUUGAGUAUACAAAUCAGUCUGGGAGAAAUAACUUAUAUAUUAUAUUAUUAUAUAUAAAGACUUACAGAGGAUAUAUUCACUCUCAUCAGAUGUCUGAAAGACUGUCACGUGAAAGAGGGAUUAUUUUUAUCUGGUUUGCCUCAAGAGGAUAGAGCCAGGAUUAAAAAAAGAGCUUCCUAAUGAACACAUCUUUACAAAAUUGGAUGUUAUGAAGGUAAUAAGUUCACUGUCAUUAAGAGCAUUCAUCAGAGACUAGGUGAUCACCUCUAGGGGGUGCUGAGGAAGAGAUAUGGGCAUUGAAUGGUAGUUGAGCAAGAUGAUGUCUGAGGUCUGUUGGGGAGGAAGCACAGUAUAGUGAGUGGAAAGAUCCCUAGACUUGGGUAUGAGUUCCAGCUGUGUGACAUACUACUUGUAGGAUUUUAGGCAAAUCAUUUGACUUUGUUGGGACUCAGUUUCUUAAUUUAUAUAAUUGUAGGUGUGUUCUCUAACAUCUCCUAGUUUCAAUGUUUUAUGAUUGCCAGAAGCUGUAAUAAAGGCAGUAGGCAGAGCACUGAGACUGAUGUCAGAAAGACCUGAGUUCAGAUUCAGCCUCAGACCCUUACUUAGUUGUGUGAUCCUGGGCAAGUCACUUAGCUUCAAUUUCCUCAACUGUAAAAUGGGGCCA